CAAUACGGCACAAAAAUGGACUUCACACCCCUGUUCGUGGCCUGUGUGAGGAAGGCCUCAUUACCAAAUCUGAAUUGCUUUCCUUUUCUAUGAAUAAUGAAUUUGACCUGCUUAAUUGGGGCUGGCACAUCUCCAGAAAGAUUCAUCACAAGAGAUUAAAGCACUAAGCACAGGUCAAAAUGUUAACAGGCGCUUGAAGAGAAUACAGAACAGAUGCGCAAUAUGACAAGAUGCAGAGAGACUGGGGAGAGCACGAGAUACAUUUGUUAAUAGUGUUUACAAGCAGAUUAGAUUUUUGCACAAGUUUUAUUGUGGAAUGUCUUCUGGUAUGCUCAAAUGGUUUUAUUCAGAUAAUAAUAACUGUCCACAUGUGUUAAUAACAAAGAGUAAAUGCUUCAAUAUCACUUUAUCAUGGUGGGUGAGUUUUUUGUGUAUAGGAAUACAGCUUUACAGGUUGCGAAAGGGGGUGAGUUGGGAAUGAGUGUAGAGUAUGACAGGUAAAACGUACAGAAAGUUUAUCAUCAAAUAUUUCCUCAGGUUGAACAUCUGAGAAAACAUCAGCAGCAUGUCAAAAGAUAUUAACAGAAGCGAGGUGCUUCAAAACAUCAGGGUGCGGUCUACGUUAAAAAAGGACGGCAGCUGGAUCCAAAGAUCAAAUGAUGCCAAGAAAGAACAAGACACAGCGGGAACGAACACAGAUGUGGAAACUAAAUCUAUUCCAGCUAGGAGUUCACAAGUCCGGUUGGCAGCCAGGAGAUUUGAAGCAAUAGAUCCUCCACCAAGUUCUCCUCUUCAAAAGGCAGAGGUCAUUUCAUCUGAAGGGAAUUCAGCUAAUCAGGCAAGUGCUGAAAAUAUUUCAGCUCCGAAAGACACUCGGCCUGAAGGCUCAACAGUGAAGAUAGAGUUAGUAUACGAGACUGUAACUGGAAGUGUUAAAUUUAAAGAUGCUGAGUGUUUGUUAUUUUGCUUACAAAUCAAAUUUUUUGUUGCAAAGUGGGGAAGAAGUAACACUCUCUUUUACAGGCCUCAACCCCCCACAAAAGCACCUAUUCAAAAUAUUAAUGCACAGCCAGAAAAGACAUUUACUGAAGCAACUGCAGAAAACACGGAACAACAUGCUGAUGCACCAGCUGACACCUGUCACAAUGAGGAUAAGGCCUCCGCAGAUGCUGAUGUGAAAAAUCCCCCUGCAGAAAUCUCUGCUGCGGAAGGCACAGUGAGAGAGAGUAGUGAGAGUAAAAGCACCGCUGGAGUCUCUGGAGAAUCUGUAAUCAAAACAGAACCGCCGAAUACAACUAAUUUAGAGCACGCAGGAGUAAACAUGUAUGGACCACCUGCUUUGGCAACAUCGGGAAAAGAAGCUUCUCUCCAAGGCGGUGUGGAAACACCCGCUGUAAGUGAUGCAACACCAGAAGAAGAAACUGCUCUACAAAACAGCACCAUAUCAGUCACCGACACUCUGCCUGCACCAUCUAGUCAAUCCGAUGCUGACACUGCCAAGGGUGUGGAGUUUAAAGUCGAGUGUGCACCACCCUCUGAGCCGGUUUUUAAGAGCGGAACUGAAGAGGCGGUUGAGCGUGAAGAUGAAGGCACUGUUGUUGAACAAAGUUUUGAUCCAACACCUAAGACAGCAGCAGACUGUGACAAAGAGUUGAACAUUGAAGAUGCCCUUGACCAAGUAGCUGCUUCAGAUGCAGAAGGUGUUUUGGAUAACACAGAGCACGCAGCUAUUAGACUGACUGAUGCUUCAGCUGUGGAGACGGCCAAGGCUGAAGCUGUUCCUAAACCUGUGGAAGAUCCAAGACAACCCCACUCUGAGGACUUCAAACCAAACCAAAAGUGUGAUGAUAGCCAUAUUUCUGAUGUGUCUCAAAAGCCUGCAGAGGACGUAAACUCAACAAAAACUCUGAAUAAGCCCAUUCACGGCAAAUCUCCUUGUUACUUCUGCAACCAAAUCAUUAAUGGAAAUGUCAAGAUCAUGUUCAGUGAGCCUUCGAUAAACUGCCACCCAGACUGUUUAAAGUGCGGGGUUUGUGCUAGGGCCCUUGGAGAUAUGCUGACCCCCAUGUUUUUGAAGGACCAAGUGAUCCAGUGUGGAGUGUGUUUUUCAGAAGCGGUUAAGAAAUGAUGCCUAUUUGGGACAAAUAUGUUUCCAGAAAAUAGUCCAAGCAUACCUUGAUGAAUGUGCUGUCCAUUAUUUCCCAUAACUUCCCUAUCGACUUCUUCUUUCUUUCUUUUUUUGUCACAACUGUAUCCAGUAAAAGGGCAGUAUAUUGUUAUGAUUAAUGAUUCUGCAAUGAAAAGGAUAAAUUAAAAAUACAGCAAAAAAAAAAAAAA